AUGCCACUACCUGAGUUAUGGACUGUUAUUCUGUACGACCUCAAUAUCAAGUAUCAAGGAAUCAAAUACGAAGAGUGUCUCAAUGAUACUGAUUUCAUAUCCAGGUACAUUGAGUACACGGAUAUUCAUCACAUGUUCAGCUACACCGAAUUCAUCAGAACACGAUCAAGAUUGGCCAAAGACUAUUUUGAUCAAUAUGUUGGGACGAGUGGAAUCAGUCAGCAUAGGCUGGUUGGACUGGACUGUGAGAUGAUUGAGACAGACCGUGGCCAGGAACUUGGGCGUGUUACAAUCGUAGGACAGGAUGGUCGAGUUGUAUACGAUCAGUUUGUGAUACCAAAUGGAAAUGUGGUGGAUUAUCGCACAAAAUGGUCAGGAAUAACCGAGACUGAUCUAAAAGAUGGUAUUGGAUUCAAAUUGGCCCAAUCCAAGGUGUUGCAAAUUGUAGGAUCCAACACAAUUCUUGUUGGCCAUAGCCUGGAACACGAUCUAAAGGUGCUUUGUAUCAAACACGGUAGAAUCAUUGACACCGCCUAUCAGUUUCUGAGCACUGAUGGAUUCAAAGUGGCCCUGAAAACACUGGUUCAGAAGCACCUGGGAAGCAGAAUUCAGCAAGGAAGUCACGACUCAGCAGAGGAUGCGUUGAGCAGCUUACGGCUUCUUGGACUACGAGUUUGGCAGCUACAAAAUAUGAUAAGCAAAAAGAAGCAGAUUGUUCUGGAUGGGACAGUGAGGAUGAUCAAAGUAGGAAACAGACGUGAGAUCAAAGGAAUAGAAGGAUACAAAGUGGUGCUAGUGGAGAAGAAUGGGAUGAAAUACGUGGCAUACGAGUAA